AUGUUUUCGAACUCUCGCAUCCAUUGGGUGAUAUUCCUCUUCUUUGCCACGACCAUCUCUGCCGCCCUCGACGCAAAUGCCCCCUACGACUACAUCGUCGUUGGCUCCGGCCCCGGUGGCGCACCCGUUGCGGCAAAGCUCGCUCAGAGCGGCUACUCAGUCCUUCUGGUCGAUGCUGGAGACGAUCAGCGGUCCAACACAAACACGACCGUCGCUAUUGCGCUCGCAAAUGCAGCGGCCGAGGACGAUGCGCUUCGCUGGGACUUUUUCAACCCGCCCGCAGGGUCCGAGAGGCUGGGCGUAUAUUAUCCCAGAUCUGGCACUCUCGGCGGCUGCUCAGCUCACAAUGCUGGUGCCGCGGUACUUCCUCAAGACAGUUACUGGGAUCACAUAUCUGAGAUGACGGGCGACGAGACGUGGAACCCGCGGAGCAUGCGUGGUUACUUUGAGGAGUUUGAACGAAACAUGUACUCACCGAAGGGCACCCUCGGCCACGGCUUCGAUGGCUGGCUUACUACCUCGACAACGCCUCCCGAGGCGGCGCUCGCCAACCGAAGUGGGCGGCUGGCUAUAACCAGAGAGAUUGCGGCCAAGAUGGGACACGACGAAGAUGUUUAUGAGAGGAUGUCCGUCGAUAUCAACUCCAACGACCCGGCCAGAGACAGGCAACAGGGUCUGUUCAACUUUCCCUUCCAUCACACGCCGGGCGGCCGCCGAACCAACGCCAACCUCCUGCUAGAUUCAGUGUUAGCUGCCCGCAACGAGGACGGCACUCCCGUCAACCUGCUUACUAUCCAGCUUGAGACUUUGGUCACCAGGGUCCUCUUUGACGACUCCGGGGAUACGCCUCGCGCCAUCGGUGUCGAGUAUAUGCAGGGCAAGUCCUUACAUCGGGUGUUGGCGAAGAAGGGCAUCAUCGUAUCCGGAGGCGUCUUCAACACGCCCCAAAUCCUCAAGCUGAGUGGGAUCGGGCCGGCCGACGAGCUUGCCAAGUUCGGCAUCCCCGUUGUCGUCCACCUCCCCGGUGUCGGCGCCCACCUGCAGGACAACUACGAGAUCUCGCUGGCGGCGCACGCCUCCGUUAACUUGAGUGCUCCGGCCGAUCCAAAUGCACCGCAGUGUACGCAUGGCAUUGGCGACGACCCUUGCGUCGGGCUGUGGCGUCAAGGCAGAGGGCCAUAUGCCAUUCCCGGUGCGUCGCACCUCGUCUAUAAAAGAAGCUCCGUCGCCCAAGACAAUGAGCGCGACGUUGUCUUCUGGAACCCGCCCAGUGUACUCCGCGGCUUCUUCCCGGGCUUCUCACGGCCUCAGGGGGAUCCGCCGACUACAUUUUCCUUCGCCAUGCUUCACGCGCAGGGGCGCAACCAUGGCGGCGGCUCUGUCGGCCUUCGCUCGGCGGACCCGCGCGACGUGCCCGACAUCUUCUUCAACUUCUGGGCCGAAGGCGCCGAGCAAGAUCUCCAAGCGCUGUACGAGGGGAUCGAGUUUGGACGCGACGUCUUGUCCAGCAUGGCUGAGCCUGUCGGCCCAUUCACCGAGUUCCAGCCCUGUCUUGGCCGUGUUGGAGCCAACUGCACCGCGCAGGCUACCAAGGACUUCAUCCGUCGGCAGGUCUACUCACACCACGCAUCAUCCACCGCCGCCAUUGGUGCCGACGGCGACCCUUUGGCUGUCCUGGACAGUCGCUUCCGCGUCCGUGGCACGCGCGGGCUGCAUGUUGUCGACGGCAGCGCCCUCCCUCGCCCUCCGAGUCCUUUCCCCAUCAUCGGCCAGUUCAUGGCCUCGUACAAGGCAGCUGAGGUGAUUCUCGAGGAUGCUCGGGGCAACGGCGACUAG